AUAGGUCACCGCCUUGCUCUGCAGGAUCUUAGCGUUGCUCACAUUCGCGGACUUGGCAGGAAUCGACGCGUUCGCGUAGCUGAGAUCGAGCUGCGCCUGAACCACCGCGGCUUGAAUAUCGGGAUCGCUCGCAAUGGCUCCGUCCAGCUCAGCCUUGGCGUCGUCGACCACCUGCUGCUGCGCCGCGACCUCUUCCUGAACGCUGUUGGGAUCCGUGAGAGCCUUCUGCUUCUUCGCCAGGAAAGCCUGCGUCCGCGUCGCCUGACUGAUCAUGUCGUUCAGAAUCCCCUCCGCAUCCGUCUUCGCCGCGAUCGCCGCCUGCAAAGCCGCCUGCGCGGCGGUCAGAUCCGCGCCGAUGAGGCUCGGAUUCGCGGCGCGCUUCGACGCCUUGGUGACGUCGAAGUUGAAGCCGGCGACGGCGGCGGUCUGGUCGUCGACGAGCUGCGCCGUCAUGUUCAGCCGGCGCUGCGCGUCAGCGACCGCCUGCUUCAGCGCCGUCGCGUCGCGGCUCUCCGCAACCAUCUUGUCGAGCCGCGCCUGCUGCUCAACGGUGAUAUUCUGCAGCGACUGGAUCUUGGCCGUCGAUUCAUUAGCCGCCGCGACCUUGCUGGCGAGGGCGAUUUUCAGGCGGUUGACGAGCGGGGCCGCGUCGUUGUAGGCGGCGACGGCGGCGGCGAGAGUGGCGUUGGCGGCGAGGAGGUCCUGCGCCUUCUGCGCGGCCGUGGCGUUGGCUUUGACCGAGUCGUUGGUGCAGUUGAUCACAUAGGCGCGCGUGCUGCGCGCCUUGGUCACGAGGUACGGCUCCGUCUGGGCGUCCGAGGGGUGGAGGGACGAGAGCAGGCACGCGGCGACGACCAGGAGGGCCAGCAGGAGAGCGGGACGAGUCGCCAUGGUGAUGAUGAGAAACGAGGUGUUGCUGGCUUGGCGUGGGUAACGGAUAGAGAGUGGUGAAGGUUUGAAGAACGGGAAUGCGAUGUGAAGGUUGAUUUCAGCUGGACUGGGUACUAGUAGUCGUCGUACUGUUGGUGCUGUUGUGAUCUUCUAGCGACAACUUGGGGGAUAAUAUACGCGCUGGGACGAGUGGUAAGGCCAAGCUCGCACGUUCGGGGAGUUCCUGGGGAGUGGAGACCAAAUGAGUGGUCGAGGGGGAGUUAGCGGGCGGUAGGUAAGAGCGCGCGUGGAGCUGGAUGGAGCUAUGUGCCAGCUGGGUGGGGUUGCGCGAAGUGUUUAGGCAUGCACCGCGACGCAACUUGGCGGUUCUCGCAUCGUCGCGUCGCCCUCAUGUUCCAGAACCGCGGGGACGAGUCGCGCGUUGCGGGGAGAGCUGCUGAGUUAAGCGGAUAAGUGUGGUGAAUGGUGGUUCGGAUCCUUAUCCGGAAGAGGCGGGAAAGUUUAUUACCUAUCCGGUGAAGCAUAGUCGGUCGCCAGGGGCCUCCGCCCCCCACCAGCAAGCUCAUGUGGCUAAGAGCCUAGCUGAGAAAGUACGAAGAAGGUACCUAGCACAGGCUUGCUCUGUGGAGAGCGUAGAGUGGAAGACCCAGUGGUGUCUGGGAAAUAUGUGCGUCUAAGACAAGCAGAUGCAGAGGCGCCAUGGUUCACAGUAGAUGAUGAGGUGGCUGUGCUGCUGCGUGAUUGCGGAGGGGGGUUGGCCCACUGGAGCGAGCGAGUGUGGAGGAGCAGCGUAAGUGUGGAAACACUUGGGCGCAAGCAGCGUGUGCACAAGGGCGGGUGCGAAAAACGACGGGCGCCAUGUUCGGUUCGGAACUGGGAGUCGCUGAAGUCCGGAGGGCAUCGUUGUCACUGUCAAUGUCGACUCCACCCAAUGGCCCUCCCUGAGCAACCAACGGUUCCGAGAUAUUUGGGGUGAGUCCCUCGACGAUACUUUCGCCGACAUUGGUCACAACUUCGACAAACAUCAUUACGGCUUUCAUAACAGCUACAUGGAACUUUAUUGUUUCUACAUAUCUUGUGCUCCACAAUUUAGGUGUCGAAGACACUCACCUACAAGCGUAAAGCUCAUGGCUUUAGUGUUGAAUCCCGUAGCCCAAAUUGUCCAAACGCAAUGUGUUUGGAAGCUUG